AGAAAGCAUCAGCUGAUGCAUUCCUACCACCCCCACUUUCCCUUUAUAUAGCUCCUGCAGCACUUACUUGAGCCAGACUGGAAAGAUUUCCGAAGAGCAAAUCGACUUGGAUCCUGGCUUUUCAGAAGAGCAGAGAAACAGAUCGCAGUCAUGAGUGAGGAAUCAAAGGGGAAUCUUAUUGAAGCUAGCCUGGUUCAAUUGAGAUGUCACUUUACAUGGGAUUUGCUAAUUGAAGACACUGAAGACAUUCUGUUUGAUGUGGAAGACACAAUUGGGCAACAGCUUGAAUUUCUUACCACAGAAUCCAGGCUUACUCUCUAUAACCUAUUGGCCUAUGUGAAACACCUGAAAGGCCAAAAUAAAGAUGCCCUAGAGUGCUUGGAACAAGCAGAAGAAAUAAUCCAGCGUGAACACUCAGACAAAGAAGAAGUACGAAGUCUGGUCACUUGGGGAAACUAUGCCUGGGUGUAUUAUCACAUGGACCAGCUUAAAGAAGCUCAAACGUAUAUAGACAAGGUAGGGAAUGUCUGCAAGAAAUUGUCUAGUCCUUCCCACUACAAGUUGGAGUGUCCUGAGAUUGACUGUGAGAAAGGGUGGGCACUCUUGAAAUUUGGAGGAAAGUAUUACCAUAAGGCUAAAGUGGCUUUUGAGAAGGCUCUGGAAGCGGAACCUGACAAUCCAGAAUUUAACAUCGGCUAUGCCAUCACAGUGUAUCGGCUGGAUGAUUUUGAUAGAGAAGAGUCUAUAAAGAGCUUUUCUCUGGGGCCUCUGAGGAAGGCUGUUACCCUGAACCCAGAUAACACCUACAUUAAGGUUUUUCUGGCACUGAAGCUUCAAGAUGUUCAUGCAGAAGCUGAAGGGGAAAAGUAUAUUGAAGAAAUCCUGGACCAAAUAUCAUCCCAACCAUAUGUCCUUCGUUAUGUAGCCAAAUUCUACAGGAGGAAAAAUUCCUUGGACAGAGCUCUUGAACUUUUGAGAAAGGCCUUGGAGGUGACACCAACCUCUUCUUUCGUGCAUCACCAAAUGGGACUUUGCUAUAGGGCACAAAUGAUCCAGAUCAAGAAGGCCGCUGGCAAUAGACCUAAAGGAAAGGAUAAACUGAAAGUUGAUGAGCUGAUUACAUCUGCUAUAUUUCAUUUUGAAACAGCUGUGCAACGAGACUCUAUGUAUGCGUUUGCCUACAUAGACCUGGCCAACAUGUAUGCUGAGGGAGGCCAGUAUAACAAUGCUGAAGAGGUUUUCCAGAAAGCCCUUCGUCUGGAGAACAUAACUGAUGAUCACAAACAUCAGGUCCACUACCACUAUGGCCGCUUUCAGGAAUUUCACCGUAAAUCAGAAAAUACUGCCAUCCACCAUUAUUUAGAAGCCUUAAAGGUCAAAGACAGGUCAUCCGUGCGCACCAAACUGACAAGUGCUCUGAAGAAAUUGGCUACCAAGAGACUUGGUCACAAUGCUUCAGAUGUGCAGAGUUUAAGUGCCCUAGGGUUUGUUUACAAGCUGGAGGGAGAAAAGAGGCAAGCUGCUGAGUACUAUGAGAGGGCCCAAAAGAUAGAUCCAGAAAAUGAAGAAUUCCUUACUGCUCUCUGUGAGCUUCGACUUUCCAUUUAAAUGCAUACUCUAGGAAAUUAGUUCUAAGCUUUUCUCUUCCUUUUGGGUUCUUAUAUUUUUGUUUAUUGUUUUAAUCCGUUGUGCAUUACAGAGCCAAUUUUCAUUGAAUGGUCAUUGUGUACCAGGCAUUGUGCUAAAUACUUUAUAUAUAUUAUGAUGAAUCUUUUGCUGUUUUAUAUUUUUUUAAAUUAAAAUACUAGAAGCCAUUGAGAAACAGCAACCUUCCAGCUGUUGUAAUUUUUAAAAAUAUUGUGGCCGUUAUGACUUUAUACCCUUUUAUCUCUGCUAUUUAUAAUAAUUUUCUGAUUCAAUUUUGUCAAGUUCCCAUAUUACUCAUUUAUGCAGUGAGCAUAAUCCUAUAUAAGCAUUUGAACCUACAUCGAGAACACUCUUUCAGAAAUACACAGUUAUAUUAGUUAAGCUCUUAACUGUGCAGCUUGCAAAAGAUGGAACCUUCCAGUUACAGAUGUUCUAACUUUGAUGAGGAUAUUUAACCAUCAACCUGAUUGUCACCUAAAGAAUCCUUUUUGUUGAAAGAAAAAAGUUGAUAUUAACAAAAAGUUUGUCCUUCAGUAAAAGGAGACAAACUAGAGCAUGAGAAAAAAGGCAAUAAAGGAGAGAAACUAGAGCAUGAGAAAAAAAAUUUCCUCAAAUACAGAACUUUAGGGCCCCAGGAGAAAUCUGAAGUAUUAUAUCCCAAAAUAUUCGUUUGUUAAGUAGCUAGAGAUAAUUAUGAGGAAAAGAAUGAAUAAUGAAAAAUUAUUAGUCUCAAGUUUCUCGGGUUCUUUUAACUAGAAGAAUAAACCUAAACUAAAUCUGGUUGGCAUUAAUUUUAUUCCUUCCAAUUGAAAUUGCAGUAUUUUAUGUUAAAAUCAUUGACAUAGAAAGCAGACCAAUUGAGAAACGUGGAGAGAUGAUAAGCAAAUGGGUAAAGUAAAUACCCCCUACUUAUAUCCCUGGAUUGCCAAGAUUUCAGGCAUUUAGUUUGGGGUCUGAACUGGGUAGAGUUGUCAUACGCACAAUAUCUGGCCUUUGGUUAACUGUUUGAGUAUUCCAGAGUUACUUCUUGGAAGCUUUUUCUUUUGUCUGAAACGUUCAGAUUGAUAUGUUUUGCUGUAGAUCCUGCAGGAAUAGUUAAGCCUUGCUUUCAGUUUUAAUAUCCACCUUGAAGAGUCACUACUUAAGGGCUCUUAUCCCAGGGGACUUUUUAAAUUGGGAUGUUACUAAAAGCCGCUUCUCUAAUGUUUCUUUGAUUAUAGACUACACAAUUAUAUUUACCACCACAGUAUUAAGGGAAAGGUGUGCCAUGCGAUUUAAUUCUCCAUACUGCCAGUGUGGCUCUUAAAACUACUAUGUAUGAAUGUGUGUGUGUUUUACCUCUCGUUACUAUUUUUUUACUUUUAAAAUUUAUAUUAUGGUUAUAACUAUUAUAAAAGUAAUGAAUUCUCAUUGUAAAGUUUUAAAUAUACAGAAGUAUAUAAAUUUAAAGGUGAGAGCACUCCCCUCACCAUAUCCCAAUUCUACAUCCCCAAGGUAAACUUUUAACAAUUUUCUAUGUAUCCUUCCAGACAUUUUUUCUAUACAUAGGCAGACAUCCGUGUAUACUGUAAUGUAUCUCAUGAAUUAAAUUUUUGAAAAAGUUUGUUUUA